AUUUAAUUUGGCGCGGCGAUGUCAUUCGUGUUGUUACCGGAAAAUAAAUAUCAGAUUGAUAAAAAUUGUAUGUUUUGUUUUAAAUCGCGGGUUUACAUUGAUUCUUAACAUUCAUCUGCUUAAAUAAACACAUAUUAGUUGAAUAGGUUGCGUGAAAUUCCUGUCUUAAAAAUUUUGAGAUGGGCCUGCAAGUCUGAGGACGGUCAGUUAGCUGCUGAUUCUCAUCAACGUACACUCAAAAAACUGUUCAUCACAAUGCUGCAUGAAAAGCUCACGAUGUACUGGAAUCCCAACCACGCGGACAAUGAAUCUGAAGACGACCAGGAGUUUGGUUUCGGCGGACGCGAAGGGUUGCUGGCGCUCAUUGAUUGUUCCGAUUCCAUGUUCAACGAGGCCAGCGGAAAACACAACUUUAGAGAAGCACUCGAGCUGAUUGAAGCAGUCAUGAAAAACAAGAUCAUCACCAGCGACAAGGACUUGAUUGGAAUCGUGCUCUACAAUACGGAGCAUAGUCCGCCUCCUCCGGAUGAUAGUGAAAUCGAGACCGGCAUUGUGGUCCCCAAACAUACGGCCAUCUUUAUGCCACUUGCAAGCCCAUCGGCGGACUCUAUCCGCAAGGUCAUCAAUUUUCGCGAGUCGGAAGAUUUGUUCGACUUUGGCCGCAAAUUCGGUCAUUCAAAUGACAGUAACUUCUCUGACGUGCUAUGGCUAUGCUCGCGGCUGUUCACACGGUGCGGGUACAAGCUGGAGCAGUCGAGCAUCGUGCUGUUCACUUCGAACGAUGAGCCACAUUCGGCCGGAAGCUACCAGUAUCAGCAGAGCUAUGUAAAGGCCCGCGAUUUGCAGCAGCUAGGCGUGAAUUUGGUUCUGGUUCCGAUGGUGGCCGAGUUUGACGGGUCAAAGUUUUACCAGGAAUUUAUCUGCACUGUAACGGAUGAGGAUCCGGAACAGUUUCGUUUUCCGUGCUACCAGGAGUCGCGCGAUUGUUUGCUUAACCGAAUUUUUCGGCGGGAUUUCAGGAAGAAGGCCCUGUCACACAUCAAUUUUCAGCUUUCGGAGGAUGUCGCGCUUGGCGUGAAUAUUUAUUCUCUUUCAAGAAAAACCAAAUAUCCCGCCAAAGUUAACCUGUUGAGAGAAACAAACGAGGUCAUCAUUUCAAAGAGAUCGUAUCAGGUCGCAACCGAUGAAGAAAACGAAACUGGUUUCGUUAGUCAACCACUGCUCCCCGGCAAUCAAAGUAAUCGAGAUACUUUUAAUACACGUUGUCCAGAUCUGAUUGAUUCCAUUUUAAACAGAAAAACACAAAACAUCGGCUUCAUGUCGAAGGUUUCACUGGUCAACCAUUUGCGAUCCUCGCUUUUCCUUUAUCCGGACGAAAAUUCCAUCAGUGGAUCCACAACGCUGUUUAGGGCACUUUACGAAAAGUGUCUCGCUAAGCACAAAGCCGCCUAUUGUAUGCUGACCAUGCGACGCAAGCAACCGUCCAAACUGAUUGCGCUUAUCCCCCAAGAAUGCUGCUAUGACGACGAUGGAGAACCGUUUAGGCACAGUGGCUUUCGGAUAGAGUUUAUUCCCUACGCUGCCGAUAUCAGGAAACUGGAUGUGCUGGAACGGCCACCGCCUAGCGUCACCCAGGAACAGGUGGACGUGUUCAAAUCUGUCGUCAAGAAGAUCAAAUUCAAAUUUCAUCCGUCCCAGUUUGAUAAUCCAGUUUUGAUGACGGUCUACACGAACAUAGAAGCGCUGCUUUUUAAUAGAGCGGAGGAGGUUUAUGAUUCCACCAAAUCAGACCUUGACCGAAUCGACGCAAAGUUGGAACCAUUUGUGGAAACGAUCAGAGAGCUGUUGGGCGAGGACGGAAUCGAUGGCCCAAAGAAACGGACAAAGGCACCCACCGGGGAGGGUCCAAGUGCAAAAGUUCCCAAAGUAACGGCCGAAGUGAACCCAACGGCAAUCGUAGAAUCGGUUAGGAACGGAAAGACAACCGGAUUACUUGUGGGCACGCUUCGUGCUUAUCUUCAGCAGCAGGGCGUUGAUGGCACCGCAAAGAUGAAUAAGGCUGCUCUUAUUGAUCAAGUGAAGCAACUUCACGAUUUGUAAAAUAGUAUCAUUUAUUCGUUUAAUAAACUAUCGUUUCUCGUUACAUAACAUA